AUGUCCAAGGCCACUGGCGAGGAGCAGACUCACAAUAAUGCUGCCUUCUCUGGGGUGGAUAAUUGCAUAAACUCUGCUGUUUCCAUUGAGUAUUGGAACAGUGUUCCCGCCACAGCAAACGGUAUGCUGGCGGCCUUGGGGGGUUAUCCAUGGUACUCGAGAAUUGACUUGCGAGGAUCUAAGUCAUUCUUAGCCAAGGCUAGGCGACUUGUGCCCACGUGCUCGACUGAAGGGAAGCUAUCAACAGGAGUCGACUGCGGUGCAGGAGUUGGCCGUGUGACAGAAGGCUUUCUCAGCCAAGUUUGUGAGACUGUUGAUGCGGUCGAGCCCGUGGAAAAGUUCACUCGGGCGCUCCGUGAGAGCACCUUAAAGGAAUCCGGAGUGAUUGAUGCUAUCUAUACAAUUGGUCUAGAAGACUGGCAUCCGGAGAAGAAGUAUGAUUUGAUCUGGACCCAGUUCUGUGUGGGGCAUUUGAAAGACUGGCAAUUGAUUGAGUAUGUGAAACGAUGCCGUGAUGCCCUGACUGCGACUGGAAUCUUGGUGGUCAAAGAGAAUCUCUCAACAGAUCCGAAUGGCGACGACAUGUAUGAUGAAUUGGAUAGCAGUGUGACCAGGACGGAUGCGAAGUUCAGAACCAUUUUCAAAGAUGCUGAAAUGAAUUUGAUCGUCUCAGAGUUACAGUUGGGCUUUCCCAAAACAACUAGGAGGCUUUUGCCGGUCAAAUUCUAUGCUUUGCGACCUAAAGUUACUUGA